AUGCUGGUGGUACUGCUGCUGUUGCUGCUGCUGCUGUGCCGUACAGUAUGUGGGAUGCGUCCCAUGAAUUAUACCGUUUACGAUGACCCCUUCCCUAUUCCUCACCAAUUCUAUCAGUCAGGGGACCUUGUUAUUGGUGGGAUCGCUGCUCAAGUUGCUUUCAUCAAUAACCCUCCAUCUUUCAAGGAACACCCUGCCCGUAUGGUGAUUGAUGAACCUUUGUCAAUAACAAAAAGCUACCAGCACAUCUUGGCCUUGGCAUUCGCUAUAAAAGAACUGAAUGAGAAUCCUACCUUCUUACCAAACAUCUCUUUGGGUUUCUACAUCCUCAACAGUUAUAACCUUGGAAGGAUGACUUAUAAGGCCACCCUCAGCCUACUUUCUGCACAGCAGAAGCCAGUCCCUAACUUCUGCUGCAAUACUCAGGAGAAUCUUAUAGCUGUCAUUGGAGGCCUUUUGUCUGAAACCACUUCCAAUAUGGUCUCCAUUCUAAACUUCUACAAGAUUCCACAGGUGCUUCCCCUUUCUGUUUGCAAUGACCACUGCCUUCCAGGUUACAGCAAGCAAAGGAAGGAGGGAGAGAAAUUUUGCUGCUAUGAUUGUGUUCCAUGUCCAGAGGGGAUGGUCUCUGAGCAGAAGGACAUGAAUGCCUGUGUCAGAUGUCCAGAUGAUCUCUAUCCCAGCAGAGACUAUAAUCAAUGCAUUCCCAAAGUCACAAGCUACCUCUCCUACAAAGAGACAUUAGGGAUAAUCUUAUCUCUGUUGGCUAUUUCUUUCUCUCUGGUCACAGCUUUGGUGCUUCAAAUAUUCACGAAAUACAAGGAUACUCCCAUUGUCAGAGCAAAUAAUCGAAGCCUCACCUACGUUCUCCUCAUCUCCCUCCUUCUUUGUUUUCUCUGUGCCUUGCUCUUCAUUGGACAGCCAGGCAAGGUGACCUGCCUGCUCCGCCAAACUACUUUUACUAUCAUCUUUUGUGUGGCCCUUUCCAGUUUGUUGGCCAAAACCAUUACUGUGGUUCUGGCCUUUGUGGCCACCAAACCAGGAUCCAGAACAAAGAAAUGGGUUGGCAAAAAAGUGACAUAUUCUAUUGUCCUUUCUGGGUCCUUUAUUCAAAUACUGCUUUGUACUCUUUGGCUAAGUACUUCCCCUCCAUUCCCAGAUAAGGAUAUGCACUCACUUCCAGGGACUAUCAUACUGGAAUGUAACGAGGGCUCACCCACCAUGUUUUAUGUUGUCUUGGGCUAUCUGAGCUUUCUUGCUGUGUUCAGCUUCACUAUGGCUUUCCUAGCCAGGAAGUUACCUGACAGUUUCAAUGAAGCCAAAUUUAUCACUUUCAGCAUGUUGGUCUUUUGCAGUGUUUGGUUGUCUUUUGUUCCAACUUAUUUGAGCUCCAAAGGGAAAGAUAUGGUAGCCGUGGAGAUCUUUUCCAUCUUGGCAUCUGCUGCUGGCUUGCUGGGUUGCAUCUUUUCCCCUAAAUGCUACAUCAUUUUGCUGAGGCCAGAGAUGAACAAGCGGGAACAGAUAAUUAGGAAAAUUGGCUCCCUACUCCUCCAUUUCCUCCACUGCUGGUACCAUUUAAGCAGCCUCUGUAUCAGGGAAACCAGGUCCUGUUCAUUCAGGCUUCUGGGUACAAGAACUUUCUCAUAUGGAGUUGAGAAAGAGGAAGCAUAG